GCGGUCAUAUCGUUUUACCGAACACUUGGAAAGUGCUCACCAGGACAAAUACAUCCAAAAGGUCUUUUGCAUACAGCCAAGGAGAAACAAGUCUUGUGAUGGCAUCGGUAGGAAUCCAAAUUUUGGGAAUUACUCUGUCCAUGAUUGGAUGGCUUGGGGUCAUAAUUGUUUGUGCUUUACCCAUGUGGAGGGUGACGGCUUUCAUCGGCGCCAACAUCGUGACGGCCCAGAUCAUCUGGGAAGGGCUGUGGAUGAACUGUGUGGUGCAGAGCACCGGGCAGAUGCAGUGCAAGGUCUACGACUCAAUGCUAAUUCUUCCCCAGGAUCUCCAAGCGGCUCGGGCCAUGAUCGUGAUUUCUAUAGUGGUGGGCAUCGUGGGAGUAUUGCUAUCUGUUGCUGGAGGCAAGUGCACCAACUGCAUAGAAGAUGAGGCAACUAAAGCCAAAGUUUGCAUCCUCUCCGGCGUUAUCUUCAUCAUCGCAGGGGUGCUCUGUCUGAUCCCUGUCUGCUGGUCCGCCAACACCAUCAUCAGAGACUUUUACAACCCUCUGCUCACUGAAGCUCAGAGAAGGGAGCUCGGAGCCUCACUGUACAUCGGCUGGGGAGCCGCAGCUCUUCUGCUUCUUGGAGGAGGUCUGCUCUGCUGGAACUGUCCUCCCAAAGAAAAUCAAAAUUACCGGGGUCGCUUCACCCCAGUGCAGUCUACUGCCACAUCUAAGAACUAUGUGUAAGGACUUUGAAGCAUUGAAUAGAGCUAUUUCUGUCUUUUCCAGAUCCCUUAUGCCACGUAGCUGAAACUGAUAUUUUUGGGACCUUUGUGCCCUUUUCAUAAGUUGUCUCUUUUUAAAUCUUAUAGCUGAGCAGGCAAAGCAUAUGUAUUGUUGAAAGAAAUCAACUCUUCUAUUGCGAUAUUAUUGAAUGGAUCAUUUUGAGGACACCUGCUUUAUUCUAGUAAAGUUGGUUUUUGCAAGUUCAAGUAAUCUUGCUCCUUCAUUUGUGUAUUUCAUUCCAUUUAUUUUACUUGAUGGGUUUGGUUUUAAGGAAACAUUUAAUUAUUUGGAAAACUACAGCUUAAAAUCUUGCAAUAAAAAAUCGGAAUGACUUUUUCUUA